UUCAAACAUCAGAUCGGUGCGUUUAUAUAUUGGGUGCCCGGAAAUUUUUCCAAAUAAACACAGCUUGAUUCGACUUGGGUGGUCAGACUUAUCAACAGACUAAUGCUAUAAACAAAUGAAGGGGCGCAAGCGGGGGGAGCCUCCCCCCCCCUCGGUCGCUCCGAGCCGAGCCACGUGGAAGGGCUGCAGCCUUCGCAGGGAAACGUUAAUUAAUGUGGGUGGGCUGAGGCGCGCUCCGCGGCUGUUUAUCGCAGCCCGUUUCUUUUCCAGCCCUAAGUCAACACAGCAUCGCAAACUUACAACAAGCAUCGCACGUUUCCUCUGCCCCCCCUUCCUCCUCUUCUUCUUCUUCCUCCUCUUUUUUUUUCCUUGGGUUUUUUUUUUUCCUUCCCUCCCCACUUCUGGGGGGAAAAACGCGCGCUAUGCAGCUGGGGCAGAAGGAGAGCAAGCGCGCCAGAGGCCAGGACGCGCCGUCGCCAGCGGGCCCAAGGCAGGCAGCUCCGGCCAGGCCUGGGGAGAUCCCCCUUUUUCUUUGGACCUCGCUCCCGCGCGCCGGAGUGACUCCGGAUCUGCCAUGAGCCAGCUCUACCCCGGCCAGCUGCCCGCCCCGAUGGUUUACCUCUACGGGGCCGAGCGGGGAGCCUUGUCGGGCGCGCUGGGCUUCGGCCCGGCGUCGGGGGUGCUGCCCAGGCAGGAGUCCCCGCAGAAGCCGCCCUACAGCUACAUCGCGCUGAUCGCCAUGGCCAUCCAGCAGGCGCCGGAGCAGAAAGUGACGCUCAACGGCAUCUACCAGUUCAUCAUGGAGCGUUUCCCCUUCUACCACGACAACAAGCAAGGCUGGCAGAACUCCAUCCGCCACAACCUCUCGCUCAACGAGUGCUUCGUCAAGGUGCCCCGCGAGAAGGGCCGCCCGGGCAAGGGCAGCUACUGGACGCUGGAUCCCCGCUGCACCGACAUGUUCGAGCACGGCAACUACCGACGGAGGAAGAGGAAAGCUCGCGGCGGCCCGCAGGCAGCGGACGAGGUCGGGCUCAACCGGGAAGGCGCCCCCGCAGAAGCCCCCAAGAGGCGCCUCUCCAACCCCCCCGGCGGCCAGCAGCAGCGCCCCCGCCUCCUCCUCCAGCCCGGCGCAGAGGAGGAGCUGAAGCCGAGUCCCGGCGGCCGGGAGCAAGAGGAGGAAGAGGAGGAGGAGGAAGAAGAGGAGGAGGAGGAAGAAGAGGAAGACGCGAGGAGGCGGCUGGUGGCCACGGCGGCUGGAGAGCGAGCCUCCAAGCCGUGCCCGAUCGAGCCGCCCUUCCGGGGGUUCCCAGCUGGCUUCUCCCCGCCGCGCCCCGAGGAUCGAGCGCCCAGCCUUGGAGAGGGUCCCGCCGCGCGCUUCUGGGCGCCCUCGGCCGCCAGGCUCCUCCAGAGUCCCGAGGCGCCCCCGCGGGCUGCUGUGCCGGCUGCCAACCGGGCAGACCCUCUCCGAUCCCCGCGGGGCUCGGCCAAGCCUCGCAGCUUCAGCAUCGAGAGCAUCCUGGCGCGGAAGGUCCUGGCGGCGCCGGCCAAAGGCGAGCCCAGCGCGGCCGUCUCCAAACUGGACCAGCUGGUGGGCAGCGGCGGGCCCGGCGAGAGCAGCGAAGCGCGCCCGCCUUUCAACGCCUCGCUGGUGCUGGAUUCCCACUUCCCGGGCCGGUUCUACCAGCUGGGCAUCCCUUUCCUGUCCUACCUGCCCCUCCGCUUCCCGGAGACGGUUUUUCACUUCUAGAGCGCUGCAGCUCCGGCUUUGGCCCCGAAAGACGCAUCCCGCCUAGCCAAGGUCCGUCUUCCCGCGAGUCCGCUGGAAGUGGGAUUCCCACGUGCAAGCCCAACCCGUCACUUGCCAAGUUUUUCUUGAUCUUCGAGACUUGAACCACCGUCCAUUCGGCCCUGAAUUUCGCAGUGACUCUGCUCGGGCUGGAAAGAGGCGACCCAACGGCUUUGCGGAUCGCGCAGCCAAAUCAGCCGGUUCGAGGCUUCUGGCUUUGCCGCCCGGGAAUUUCUGGGCCUUUUGCCCACUUGCCUCGGAACUGCCUUCCGAGUAUAGUAAACCUGCUUAAAUCAUGCGAUCCUGGGGGGAAAGGCGGCUCGAGAGUGGAUCCCGCGGGGAAGACAGUCAGUUUCCCCAAGUAAAGCGUAAACGGUAGAAGGAAGGACGAUUCCAAAUUCUCUAGGACGUUUGGAUAGCUACAGCUUUCCCCAUUUUUCGCCCUCCUAUCUAUGCAUUGCUUUUUAUUUGUUAUUUUAGCGCCAUUCCUGCGGUCUCUGACAUUUGGAAGGGGCCCGACUGGAUGAUCUCUGGAAUUAAAAAAAAAUAGCGCUUUAAUGCUAUGGCUCUUUAAAAAGGAGGGCGGUUUGUUUGCAAUGGAAACCUGUUACGAGCGAGGAAGAAGCCCUGAUUUUAUAUAUAGUGCAAAAUCCGAACGUAGAGUCUUCUUUUUUUUGCAGAAGUUGAAGCUUUGGGACUCCUGGGGGUGAACUUUUCACACAGUUUCUCUCCCCCACUCCAGCUUUUGAUUUGCAAUUCGGAUCAACAAUGUGCCUUUGCUUUAGAGAGAAAACAUCUGUUCCGGUGCCUUUUUCAAAAGCUGGCCCGGAUCCUUAAUAUGACCCUCCUGGUUUAUGCCCUUUAAGCCCCUGACCACAUUAAUGGAUUUGCGAUUCGGAGGGUAGCUUUACAAUAAUAGCAAGCCGUGCUCUUUUUUUUUUUAAAAAAAAUAUUUUAUCUUAACUUACAUAAAAAGCAAUAUCUUAUUCUCGCUCUAAAAAAGAGGCUUUUUUUGGUAUAUGAGUUGACCUGUGUCUUUCACCUUUAAAAACAAUAAAAUAAACACCUAUUUUCAAAAGGAUUUGGUUGGCAAAAAAAGCCUACACGAAUAAGCACUUUUGUUUAUCUUUU